UGUCACUCUGUGGGGCCGCGCGCCGCACAGGAUUGCUCUGUCCGGAAAUGGAAACCAAGCACUGACGGAAGAAGAAAAAUGGAAGCGGCAGUGUUCAUUCUGUCACUUGUAGACUGCUGUGCACUGAUUUUCCUCUCAGUCUACUUCAUUAUCACCUUGUCUGAUCUAGAAUGUGACUACAUCAAUGCCAGAGCCUGCUGCUCCAAGCUCAACAAAUGGGUAAUUCCAGAGAUGGUUGGCCAGUGUCUCUCCACGAUGCUGAUGUUGGUCUCCAUGCACUGGUUCAUCUUCCUCCUCAACUUACCUGUAGCAGCCUGGAAUAUUUACAGGUACAUGAAGGUUCCAAUGGGAAACAUGGGUGUGUUUGACCCCACUGAGAUCCACAACCGAGGUCAGCUCAAGUCCCACAUGAAAGAGGCCAUGAUCAAACUGGGUUACCACCUGCUCUGCUUCUUCAUUUAUUUGUACAGCAUGAUUCUGGCUCUGAUCAACGACUGAAGCACCAAGAACACUCUCUGACCCCAGCUGCCAAAUUCCAAACUCCAGGGUUUGAUGUUUUUCCCCUCACAUCUUGGUCCUGUACUACAUGCAACAAAUAUUGUAGAACAGCAAAGAGAAUAAGUUUGCUCUUUCACUGAGUUCUUACUGCUGUUCACUGUUAUUUGUGUUGUCAGAACGUUUACUUUGAUACAAUAUGUAUAUUUAUCCAUUUAACACUUCAGUACCAUCAUGACGAACUCAUACACCAACUUCUGUGUUUAAUUGUGAAGGCCACUAAAGCAUUCAGUUAUUCUGUCUCAGUCUGUCUGCAACAGUGUGUUAUUACAACAUCAUCAUUACAACAGCAGACCCACAGCAACUGGUAGCAGCGAUGGUGCAUUCAGACCUCAAGUUACUCGUGUGGGUUUGAUCGCAGGAUCAUUAAUUUUUAUUCGCCCAACAGCCAGAACACUGUUCUGUAAAUAAGCCAGAAGCCUGGCGGUCAACACAGCAUACAUGGAAAGUGUGUGUGUGUCUGCGUGCGUGUGUGUGUGUGUGUGUGUUUUUAAAUGCAGUACUUGCCAUAACCUUCGGUUCUCUAUCUUCUUAUUCCCCCUCUCCUUUUCUGUUGGACAUUUUUCCCCAGCUCUAGUUAGCUGCAGUUAACACGCAACAUAAACACCUGACAAUGAAGGUCACCUCCAUGGAUCACUGCUGUGGUCCGCUUAAUAAACAGGAUUGAAGAUAAAUCCACUUUUU